CUAUGGCGCUGAGCGGAAUGCAAAACGCUAUCAAAGGGGCCCUGCGGAAAGAGGCCAGAAACAACAAAUAUCGCCUCAACAGAAGAACAGGAAGGAGGAGGAGGAGAAGGAGGAGCAGGAGGAGCAGCAGCAGGAGGAGGACGUUCGUGAGAGGGGAGGGAGGAAGAAGAAGAAGAAGAAGAAGAAGAAGAAGAAGAAGAAGAAGAAGAAGAAGAAGGGAGAGGAUGAGGAGGGAGAGAGGAUGGGAAGAGAGGAAGAAGAAGAAGAAGAGGAAGAAGAAAAAGGAGGAGCAGGAGGAGGAGGAGGAGGAGGAGGAGGAGGAGGAGGGGAGGGAGAGGGGAGGGAACAGAUCGAAGAAGAAGAAGAAGAAAGGUCGGCAAAGGGGAGGGAAUGACAGAGAAGGAGGAGGAGGAGGAGGAGGAAGAGAAGGAAACGGAGGAGAGGAGGAGGAGGAGGAGGAGGAAGAGAAGGAAACGGAGGAGAGGAGGAGGAGGAGGAGGUGGUUUGUAGAGGAGGAGGAGGAGAAGCAGGAGGGGAGAGCGGGAGGAGGACGAGGAGAAGAAGGAGUGCGGGAGGCAAGCAGUGAUAGACAGAGGCAGAAGGCAAGAAAGAAGAGGUGAAUGGCGAGGAAGCGAAAACAAAAGGAGGCAAAGAGGGCAGAUGAUGAAGAGAGGAAGCCGAGAGAGAAGGUUAAGAGAGGAAGAACAAUAUGAAAUAAAAUGAAUAUACGAUC